AUGACUACAGUUUACCAAGUCGUCUACGAAACGGUGUCUCUGGCUGCACCACUGGCGCUGGUGUUGGACACCACCAUCACUUUACUUACUACUGUUAGUACAACGACUUAUGAGCCUAUAUCCACCGCCUACCGGCCACUUACGACCAGGCUGUUAGCAAAUAUGGAACCUUCGAUUAUGACAAGCAGUAUUUCUUCUUCGUCUGCAUCGUCAUUGAGCUCCUCGUCGCUGGAAAGCUCGACUUCCUCAAUCAGGUUGGCUCAAGCAUCUAUGAGCUUGACAGAAACGGUAACCGAACCUGGCUCAAGUACUAGCGGGACUAAAUUGGGCUUGGCAAUUGGCAUUCCUUUGGCUAUCAUUUCACUCUUUAUACUUGUGGCAUUGGGAUGGGUCUUCUUACGGAAGAAGAUCCAGUCCAAAUCUACUGAAUACUUGACCUAUGACGCUGAACAAGCGGUAGGAGGAAAGGGGGGUUUUGAAAGAAAGAAGCAGCUUCUGCCAUCACCUGAGUCUCCUGAAGAAAAACCUCCUCGCUUCUUGAGUCGUCUCUCUAGGAUGGUUAAUCCAGAAUGGAUCCUGUCAUUGGAUUUGAAGCUGCCUGCUUUUAUGAAAAGCUUCAACUUGAAGAAAGAAGAACCCGAACCUGAAUCUGACCCCGAACCAAAGGAGUCUGCUCCAGUUCCUUCUUACAAAUCAAAACGGCCUCCUUCUCUAGAUUUAUCCAACAACAGUCUGGAAACAGUGUCUGCUCAAACAGCUCUUGUUGUCAUCAAAGGGUAUACUAUGGAAUCGGCUGGUGAAUUGACGGUAGUGGUGGGCGACCUUGCAGUGUUGAACUUCCAAAAGGGAACGCAGGCUCAUGUUUCCUUGGUCAAUAGAGAUGGCUAUGGCUACGUUCCAUUGAAUUGUCUCCGUAGAUACUAG